CGCCCAGUGUGGAGCCUCCUGGCUCCGCUCCGACUGAAGCUACUCUGUGUGGAAAAGCCGGAGCGCCCAUCGCUCCGUUUCCUCCUAUUCUGCCGCCCAACUAUAGAAAAUUAUUCUAAAAAUGGGCUUUUUGGCUCCUAAAUCAGCGCUUUCUGUCUGUAGCUUGUUAUUCGCGCUCGUCGGCGUUUGUUCCGCAGGUUCGGACGCGCCGCGCGGUGUCGCGCUCGGGUUCGUCUUCGACCCUGAAGCGAAGUGCGAUCCGCCGUGCGAACAUGGAGGAGUCUGCAUCCGAAACAACACCUGCUUCUGCUCCAAGGGCUAUGAAGGGGAAAGAUGCCAGUACGCCAAUUGUUUCCCCAAAUGUAAAAAUGGUGGAGCCUGUCUUCGUCCAGGAAAAUGCAGGUGCCUUCCUGGAUAUGGAGGAAGAUACUGUCACAAAGUGACGUGUUCUGGCGGAUGCUGGAACGGGGGGGAAUGCACCGCCAUCAACGGAGUGGCCAAAUGCAUUUGUCCUUCCGGCUGGACUGGAUCAGAAUGCCAGUAUCCGAUUUGUCCCCAGGGCUGCAGAAAUGGGGGGACCUGUGCAGCUCCAGGAAUCUGCAGCUGUCCAGAGGGAUGGUUGGGUGGUGCAUGUCACACUGCCGUCUGCAGUCAGACCUGUCUGAACGGAGGGAAGUGCAUUUCUCCCAACAAAUGCCGCUGUCGGCCUCCUUUCUCCGGUCCUCGCUGCGAGGAGAGGAAAAAAUCCCACUAAUCAUUCCCAGACUGCAGAAUAAGCGUUUUUCAUUUGUAGCUAAAACAUUGUUCUCUAUACCUUUUGUAAUGCAGCAUAUUUUUUAAUACAGCUUUUUUUUGUAUUUUUUUUUUUAAAUACUGUAAAUUGCCAUUAAAUUACAAAAACGUA